AGUCAUAAACACUCACUGAUUUUUCUCAUUGUGGCGAUCGAUAUCAGCCACCCACCUCUGAGAAGUUUUGUUCUUUAACGUCUCUAUGAAACUUUAGCUUUCGGGUUCUGUUUUUUCUUCUGGGUUCUGGUAUCUUUUGUUGUUUGUCGUUCUCGUUUUGUUGUCUGGUUGGGAAAGAUAAGGAGAGCCUGGCCUGAGACCUCGUACAGAAGUAGAAAGUUUAGCAUUGGGAAUGAAACGCUCAUGUUGUGAUUGCAGAAGGAGGAAUCGUCAUGUCCAAUAUACCUAAUUCUCUGUCCGAGGUUUGCCUUACUCUGUUUAGGUUAGCCAUGUGCUUGGCGGAUCCUUGGCCUUUUUCGUAAAAAAAUAGGAAAAAAAAUACUGGGGAUUUCGCGUUUUCGUCGUGUUUCGAGUUUUUUAAGGAAGGUUUGUUUGGUUUAACUGUGAUUCUUGGUUUUUGGGGGAUUGGGGGAUUGGGAGUGUGUUGUUUCUGGGUUUCCUGCGAAUAUGCGGCGGCUGGGGCGGGGGUUUUCGGUGAAGCAUCGGGUGACGACGCUUUUCCGGUGUAUGUUCCGGCGCCACCGUUGUUCGGGGAACUACCAGCGGCUGGACGCGGCGCCGCGGUUUCAGGGGAAGAUUAUCCACUCGGUCGUGAGCUGGACGCGGCGGUUGGGGACGAAGGCCAAGGCGAUUUGCUCCAAGGCGCAGUUUUCGGGUUACUUGCCGGCGGGGAAAGAGGCGGUGAGUGAGCGGGCGGCGGCGGUGCCGAAAGGGCAUCUGGCGGUGUACGUCGGCGGCGAGAAAGGCGAAGACUUCACCCGGGUUUUAGUGCCGGUGAUUUACUUCAACCACCCUUUGUUCGGCGAGCUUCUCCGUGAAGCGGAGAAGGAAUUCGGGUUCAACCACCCCGGCGGCAUCACCCUCCCUUGCCGGAUCUCGGAGUUUGAGCGCGUUCAGACCCGGAUCAUCAGGGAGAGUUGCGGCUCCGGCAGAAUGGUUUCCCGGCGCCGGUGAAGUGUUUGAUGAUGACGACGACGACGACAAAACCUUAAUUAAUUAAUGACAUUCCAUUUUUUGGGUGUUUAUUUUUAGUUUAUAUUUUUUUUUCCUUGAAUGAUAUCCAUCAGUAUUGUAAUGAUAAAUUAUUACUUUAUUAGUGAUGUAUAGUACAUAAGAAUAUAUAUAAGAAUUCUCCACCUUUUUU